GACAUUUAGGACAGGACCGAAUUUAGCAUGACAGCAACUCUGUCCAGUCAGAAUGUUCCAGAAGCUUCCCCUGACUUCCUGUACUACAGAUGCACCACUCACAUCCCUGCAGGUGGCUUCAGGUGUGGUGAUGAUGUCAUCAGCCCCACCCCCCCACCUGCACUCCUCUGUCUCAAAGGCUGGAAGAGAGAAGAGCAGAGUGAAGAAGUGAUUGUUUUCUCCCGACAUGUGGAGCUACACACUUCUGUUCGGGCUGCAGAUUUUCACCUUUGCUGCCACUGUGUCUGGUGAACGUUCAGUAACAGCCAAACUUUAUCACCCUGCUACUCUCACCGGUGACUGGAAAUGUUCUGGUUCACUCAAAUGGACCCUGUUUGAUAAACCAUUCAGUGUUCUGGCUCGGUGUGAUCAGACGUCAUGCAGGUCAGAGGAGAGAUUUAACGUCUCUCAUGAUCAGUACCUGAAGGGGAAUCCACAUCUCACCAUCACUGCAGCUGAUUACAGUACGAGAGGUUUAUACACGUGUCAGUGUGAUGGCAAAGACGUCUGUGACGUGCGGCUCGUCAUUGAGACUCAAGUGAUGAGCCGUGAGAUUACCCCAGGCGAGCCCAUAGACGUGUACUUACCCCUCACUGACCGGGUGGAGGUGAGUUUUACUGCGAGUGAUGCUGCACAACCAUCAGACCUGCAGAUCUGCACCGUGGACAAUGAGAAGACACAGUGCAGUCCAGAUUAUAAAGAGAGAGCGUCUCGCUUCAACACUCUUCAGAUUAAAGAUGGAAAUGUCUCUGACAGUGGCAGCUACACAGUACGGGAUGUAGUGAACAAUGAGACUUUAGCCAUCUUAAAGGUCCAUAUGAGAGAGCCAUGUCCAGACAUCAGGCAGGAGGGAGGUGUACCAGCGUGUGGGAUUGUACUGAUGCUGCUGCUGCUGCUGGUUGUAGCUGCGUUUGUGUUCCUGAUGGUGAUGUAUGUGCGUCUGAGGAGAGAAAAUCAGCAGCUCCGUAAGAAAGAUGAAAACAACAGACACAAGCUGCGCCCAAUGACUGGAAAUGCUAACCAUGAUCCAGGAGAAGAGCAGGACUUAGUACACACUGAGCUUACUGAACCCACAAACACUGAGAGCAACAGAGAAUAGGGGGAGAAAACCUGCUUCAGCUUUACCAAAAAUGCCCUCCUCAGGUGUUAUUAGUGUUUAUGUGAAAUAUGCAAAGUAUUUUCACAUGAAGGAGAUCAGAGGAGAUGCAUCUUAAUCAGAGACUUCGCUCUUCUUAUAAAGUGUUUGUAUGGAUAAAGUUGUGAAAGAAGCUGGAUUUCAGUGAGCGCUCAGUCAGCUUAUUCUUCAAACCAUGUUACUGACUCUGAAUACGAGCCGAAUCUCUGAAACGUCCACAUUUAGAAAAUUAUUAAGUGAGGAGGUUGUUUAAAGCAGUGCCAUGGUUUUAUAUGAAAUGUUUGUACAUGUUUUAUUAUGAUGAAAGGCAUCUAAAUUUUAAAGCUGAAUAUUUGUUUUUUACUGCAUUUGUGUAGACACAUGUAAUGUGUAACGUCACAUGUAAUAUUAAAGUGUGAGUUUCUGGA